UCGGGGACUCUCCGCCCUUGGGAAACUGAGAUUCAGAGAGAAUAAGUAAAUUUCCUCAGUAGCACAUUGUCAGUGGAAAGGGCAGCGUUGUGAGCAUAAGCAUAGAAGACAUCCACCUGACCAGUAGUACAGGGUAUAGUGUACAAGUUGGACAAAAGAGAGAAGACUCAAUCCAAGAGUUGAACCAUCUGUUUCAUCUGGAGUCAUCAUGAGCAGUAAGAAGCGCAAGUCACACAUCUCAUUUGAUGCAAAGAAAAAUAAGAAGAUCAAGCAUUACUUUUCUCAGAUACCCAAAGAAGAGCAGAAUAGUCCCAGUACUUUUCAAAUUAAAGAGGAAUCUAGAAAAAGGCCAAGUGAUAUAACUAACACUAAAGAUCAAAAGUCCCAGCUGCCUAAGAGCAAUCCACAAGACCAGACCACCACCCCAAAAAAGAGCAUUGAACUUACCCUUGCUGUAAACAUCAGGAAAAACAAAAACAUGAAAUAUACCCUUAUACAUAAUGAGAAGGACAGUUUAUACAAGGGACUUAUCACUCUUGAGGCAGUCCAAAAAGAGAUAGAAGCUCGGCCAGACCAGGAAAUGCUGAUCCGUGGUACAAAAGGAAUCGAGGGGUACCUAAACCUUGGAAUGCCCCUCCAUUGUUUUCCUGAAAAGAGCCACGUAGAAAUUACAUUUUUUAAACGUGGAAAGGAACAGAAAGAAGAUAGCCAAAUGUCUGGUCGGCAUGACCAUGCCUCUACUGAGUGUGUGAAAUUCUACGUUCAUGCAGUUGGGAAGAGGGUAAGAAAGAUUGUUCAGUGCAGAAAGCUUCACAAGGAAGGAAGUAAACUCUGUGUCUUUGGUUUCAAAGGAGAAACCAUCAAAGACACUCUGUGCAAAGAUGGCAGGUUUUGUUCCCUUCUGGAGAAGGAGAGCUGGAAACUCAUCAAUGAUCUGGAUUCCAUCAACGAAAGCACCCAGCCAGUGGACGAGCUAGAGGGCAAGCUCUUCGAGGUUGAAGUUGAGAGAAAAGCAAAUCGAAAAACGACAGCACCAGCUCAGCAUUUGGAGCCAGAGAAGAGAAACAGCAAAGUGCUGAAAGACUAUAUCGUGGAUGAGUACCCCAGUCUGAGAUGCGAAAGUGAAAAAAUCAGAGAAUACAUCAAGGCAGAAGUGAAAAAAAAGAAAGAAGAGAAAAGAUCACUGUUUACACUGCAUAAGAGAACCUUUGGAAAAGUGACCCAAAACUCUACUCCAGUGAAGGUCCACAAACUUCUUUCCCAGCUGGGUGACUCUGUCGGGUACCUACUCUGGGAUAAUAACGGAAUUAAGGGUUGUGCCACCUGCUUCGUGUUUUCAGGAGUGUUCAUUUUCACUUGUCGACAUGUCAUCAGUGACAUCAUGGGGAAAGGGAUAGAGCCAAGUCAGUGGGCAAAGGUCCUUGGUCAAUGUGUCAAGGUGUUAUUUAAUUACGAGGAGAUCCCAGUAAAAGAUGAGAACUGCUUUCUCCUCGAACCUUGGUUUCAGCUAUCAGAUGUCACUCUUGACUAUGCUGUGCUGAAACUGAAGGCCAAUGGACAGCCAGUCCCCCCGGGGCUACGAGAUCGCAUCGCCCCUCUACCACUCAGUGGGUUGAUGUACAUCAUUGGCCAUCCCCAGGGAGAGAGCAAGACGACCGAUGGUUGCCUGGUGAUCCCUCAGAGCGAACGAAAGCAAAACUACAUGGAAAAAAUGGAGGCAGGAAAAGCAGCAGGCUACCCUUUUGUCCACAUGUACACUCAAAACAGUUUCCAGGAGAUCGCUCACAACCCUCAUGUGCUGACUUAUGACACUGCUUUUUAUUGGGGAUCUUCUGGCUCCCCCGUGUUUGAUGCCAAAGGUUCACUGGUGGCCAUGCAUAUGGCUGGCAUCACGUGUGAGUACCAGCAUGGGGUUUUCAACAUCAUUGAGUAUGGCUCUUCCAUGGAAUCCAUCCUCUCUGACAUGAAGCAGAAAGAUGAGGCUUGGUAUACGGAAGUGUGUAUCCAGGAUGUAGAAAUGUCAAGUCAAGAGGACUGAGGCCUGCUGAGAUGCCAUGUGGCUCCCUGGGAAUUGUCCGUGGGGACAUUAAUACAUUAAUACGUUAAUGAUGAUGGUUUUCUAGCUUCCAAAACUGGUCAUAACACAUAGCAUUAAUGCUAUAGCUCAAGCAUACUGGGUAUCAGGCAUUUUUCUAAGUCCAUAAAGGAAUCGAUCUUCAGAACUUUAGGUGGUAGACUAUUUUAGACACUAUUCAACCAUUUAUAAGUAUCAGUAUGGGUUCAUGGAUAUACUUACACAUUGGGUGAUAAUUCACUAUUGCUUUAUUUUACUGCUCAAAUUGUUCUCAAUUUGACCAAGGUGGUGACUUUUUGUUGGUCCUGGGCUUGAACUCAGAGCCUAGGCUCUGUUCUUGAGCUUUUUCAUCAUGAGGCUAGCCCUCCCCUACCACUUGAGCCACAAU